CAGCAGCAGUAGCAACAACAGCAAGCAAGAACGCAUCCUUCCAUUCCCCUGAUCAGCAAGCAGCACCAUCACUGACCAGAUCACAUCACGAUGCCGCUGCCGGCCUCGACGCAUGCCAAGGGCGGCGAGAACCCCGUGUGGGUGUAUUCCUUCGGCCCGGGGUGCCCGACGCCCCCGCUGGACCGCAACCUGCUGGGCGGCAAGGGCAAGGGCGAGGCUGAGAUGACCGCCAUGGGACUUCCCGUACCGCCAGGCUUCAUCGUCACCACAGGCAUGCGCAGAGACAGGCUUCAGACAGGCAGAGGGCCACGGGAGGGCGUGGCGUGCAUGUGUGGAUGUCCAUGGCAUGUGAUGUGUGUGCAGAGGCGUGUGUGCACUACAAGUACAACCGUCUGUCGUUCCCCAAGGGUUUGGUGGAGCAGGUCGAGGCCUGCCUGGUGACCCUCGAGAAGCAGAUGGGCUGCAACUUCGGAGACGUCGAAAACCCGCUACUCAUCUCCGUCCGAUCCGGCGCAAGGUACCAUGUCGCACACACCUCACACCCACCCCCUCUCUCUAUCUGCCACACAUCCAUCCAUCCACGCGGCUCUCUCUGUGUGUGGGGUGUGUGCUGUGUGUCAGGGUGUCGAUGCCCGGGAUGAUGGAGACAGUGUUGGACGUGGGUUUGAACGACAAGUCGGUGCUGGGCCUGGCCAAGAAGCUGUCCAACGAGCGGGCGGCCUACGACUCGUACCGCCGGUUCAUCGCCAUGUACAGCAACGUCGUGUCGGGCGUCAACUCGGCCGCCUAUGAGGACGCACUCAAGGCCUGCCGAAAGAGAGAGGGUCAGCGAGCGCGGGAGGGAAGAGGGACUGCGACACGCGAAGGAGUGCACACAUAUAUCGAUGGGUGUGUGUGGGGGGGUCAGGUGUUCAGUUCGACAUCGGACUGUCGACCAACGCCCUGAAGGAGCUGUGCCAGGAGUUCAAGCACAUCCACAACCAGCAGACAGGUACACACACACACACACACACACACGGCCACCCCAACCCUCACCCCCUCAACCACCCACAACAUGUCUGUCAUGCAGGUCAGGAGUUCCCCCAGGAGCCGCGUGACCAGUUGUUCCGUGCCAUCAAGGGCGUGUUCCACAGCUGGGACUGCGACAAGGCCCGCGCCUACCGCCGCUUCCACGGCUUCCCCGACGACUGGGGCACUGCGGUGGUUGUCAUGGCCAUGGUCUUCGGCAACAGAGUAAGCAACCAGGGAGGGAGGGAGGGAGGGAGGGGCGGCACACCACACACACAACACAAUCAAUGUGCACACGUGUGUGUGUGUGUGUGUGUGUGUAGGGUGACGACUCCGGCACUGGUGUGGGGUUCACCCGUGACCCCGCCACCGGCGAGCACCACUUCUACGGCGAAUGUGAGCACAUCUGGCAUGACAUGACACACACAUUCAGAUGGGCCAAUGUGUGUAUCUUGUGUGUUGUGUGUGUGCGCGUGUGUGUGUGGCUUGACCAGAUUUGGUGAAUGCGCAGGGCGAGGACGUGGUUGCCGGCAUCCGCACGCCGCACCCCAUCAACAAGAUGCAGGCCCUCAUCACGGGCUCCAACCUGCCCUCGCUCGAGGAAACCAUGCCCGAGAUCUACCAGCAACUCGAGGAGGUACCCCAGCCCCCCCCCCCUCCCCACACACAGGGGGAGUCAGGGAGGGAGGGAGAGAGAUUGCCUGCAUCCAAUGAUGCGCGUGUGUGUGUUGUGUGUGGUUGCGUGUGGCGUCGUGUGCAGGUCGGGAGGAUACUGGAGCAGCACUACCACGACAUGCAGGACGUGGAGUUCACCAUCGACAACGGCAAGCUCUACAUGCUUCAGACCCGAACCGGCAAGCGCACCGGGUUUGCCGCCGUCAAAAUCGCCUUCGACAUGCUCAGAGAGGGACUCAUCGACGAGCGGGAGGCCGUCAAGGUGCGUCAGAGGCAGACAGACAUAGGGAGACAGAGAAAGCGGCAUUGGAUGUGUGUGAUUGGUGUGUUUGGUGUGUUUGGUCUGGCUGUGUGUUUGCAGCACGUGGAUGCGCACCAGGUGACCCAGCUGCUGACGCCCAUCUUCGACAUGCGCGACAAGGUGAUGGCCUCGGGCAAACUCGCCACAAGAGGACUCAACGCAGGUACUCCCUCCUCAACCCACACCCACACCCACACCCACACACCCGUCCAUCCACCAUCCAUCCAUGAGAGACGCAUCCGAUCUGCACCUGUGGGUGUGUGGUGUGGAUGUCGUUAUCAGGUCCCGGUGCUGCGUCUGGGGCAGCGGUGUUUUCGAGCGAGAAGGCCGUCGAGUACCAGAAGCAGGGCAAGCCAUGCGUCCUCAUGAGGGAGGAAACCUCGCCCGAAGACUUUGCCGGUCAGCCGAACCCCACGCCCUCUCCCUCCCUCCCUCCCUCCCUCCCUCCCUCAUCCCUCCUGUACUUAACUCUCCUUCUCCCUCUGUGUGUCGACAGGCAUGGUCGCGGCCAGGGGCAUCCUCACAGCCCGCGGCGGCGCCACGAGCCAUGCGGCCGUGGUUGCCCGCGGUUUGGGUCGUCCGUGUGUGUGCGGCUGCGGCGACCUGGUGUUCGACCACGCCAAGCACGAGGUGCGCAUCGGCAGCAAUGGGAUGGUUCUCAAGGAGGGCGAGCCGGUCAGCAUCGACGGCACCACGGGGCAGGUCUUCUUCUGCUCGCUGCAGACCAAGCCGUCCGAGAUCAUCCAGGUGGGUGGGGGGACGAGGGAAUGGAGGGACUGGGUGACUCUGGUGUGUGUUCGUGGUGUGGUGUGUGUGCAGGUGUUGAUAGACAAGACGAAGCGUCCUGAGGAGAGCGAGCUGUUCCAGCAGUUCAAGACCAUCAUGGACAUCGCUGACAAGUACCGCAGGCUCGAAGUCCGCGCCAAUGCCGACACACCGCAGGACGCCGCCAUCGCCAGGUCCCUCGGCGCACAGGUGGGCGCCGUCAUGGUGGCCGUGGUUGCAUUUUUCCGGCCACGUGUGGUGUGCGGUGGUGUGGUGUGUGGUGUUAGGGUAUCGGCUUGGUUCGCACGGAGCACAUGUUUAUGGACAAGAAGCGUCUCAUGGACGUCAGGGCCAUGUUCUUCAGCGACUCGGAGGACGUAGGCGCGCAGGACACGCACAUACAUAGACACACAUACACACACACAAUCACACAUCUCCACUCGUCUGCAUCCUUUGUCUGUCUGUCUGGCUCUGUGUGUGUGGUGUCGUGUGGAUCAAUCAGGACCGGAAGGCAGCAGCGAAUCGUCUGAUGCCCUACCAGAAGGAGGACUUCCUUGGCAUCUUCAGAGCCAUGCACGGACUCACCGUCACGGUAAGCAUCUCCACCCUCACCCUCACCUCCACCCCUCCAUCUGUCUGUCGGUGUUUCUUGCCCAUGUCGCCCGCGUCAGAUUCGCCUGUUGGACCCGCCGCGCCACGAGUUCCUCCCGCACACCGAGGACGAGCAGAAGGCUCUGGCGGCCCACAUGGGGACCACCCUGGAGCGCGUCAAGCAGAUCGGCGAGUCCAUCACCGAGGCCAACCCUAUGCUCGGACACCGCGGAUGCCGACUCGGCAUUGCGCUCCCGUACGUCACAGAGAUGCAGGUGCGAAGGCGACACAGAGAGGCCGGAAACCUUCGCAAUGGGCGUUUUCGUGUGGUGUGGUGUGGUGUGGUGGUGGGGGUGCUUGUCAGACGCGCGCGAUCAUCGAGGCGGCCGUUGAGGUGUCCAAGGAGGGGUCUGAGGUGCUGCCCGAGAUCAUGGUGCCGUUGGUGGCGACCAAGAAGGAGCUGGAGCACCAGAAGGGCCUCAUCGACAAGACCGCACAGGACGUCUUCAAGAAGAUGGGCAAGGAGGUCCCCUACAAGGUCAGCCACCCACCGACACACUAAGCUUCACAUCAGAUGGCCAUAGACAGACACAUCUGUGGUGUCGGUGUGGGUGUGUGCAGGUUGGCACGAUGAUCGAGUUGCCGCGUGCGGCCCUGCAGGCCGGCCAGAUCGCCGAGUUCGCGGACUUCUUCUCGUUCGGCACCAAUGACCUCACCCAGUGCACAUACGGCAUUUCGCGCGACGAUGCUGGUCAGUCAGUCAGUCAGUCAGCAGACGAGCUCCACUCCACACACAGCGACGGACGCACCUCAUGUGUAUGUCUCUGUGUGUGCAGGCCAGUUCCUGCCGCUGUACGUUGAGGGCGUCUUCUUCGAGUCGACGCACAGCAACAUGCAGGUCUUCGACUUUGAGCCCUUCCAAACACUCGACCAGGUACACCCCUCCCUCCCUCCCUCCCUCCCUCUUUCCCUCCCCCAACAGACACAACACACACACACACACACUCCUCUCUCUCUCUCUGUCUGCAAUGCCGCAGGACGGUGUGGGUGAGCUGAUGAAGAUCGCCCGGGAGCGCGGCCGCCGCACCAACCCCCACCUGCACCUCGGCAUCUGUGGCGAGCACGGCGGCGAGGGCCGAUCCGUCAAGUUCUGCCACGAAAUCGGGCUCGACUACUGCAGCUGCUCGCCCUUCAGAGUCCCCGUGGCGCGACUCGCUGCUGCACAGGCUGCCGUCGAGGGGCAGAGCAAGAAGUAGACAGACAAGUAGACAAGUAGACUGGCAGAGAGACGAGUAGACAGGCAGAGAAGUGAGGGAGGGGACAUAGUAGAGUUUUGAGAGGGAGGGAGGGAUGCCUGACAUGUGCGUGCGUGUGCGUGUGUGUGCGUGCGUACUGAUGAGGUAGUUGCGUGGGGGUCCGGGGCGUGUCUACUGACUCCCGGACGAACAGACAGGAACUAUCUCUGAGGGGGCGGGAGAGAGAGGGGAGGGACCAUCGUCCAUCGGUUGACAAAGAGAUCGAUGGCGCAUGGGGGAAGGUGGGGAGGGGAGGGGGCAUGUAGGCCAAUUCGCUGCAUGGACAGACAGACAGAGAGACAGAGACACCACCACCGCCAGCAGCAGCAGCAGUAGUAGCCGCCCACUCGCUCGAGAUUGAUCGGUACGGUAGAUGCGUGUUGUCACCCACCCAUACGGUAGCUGGCUUUCUCCGCCCUUGCGUUGAUGCUGCCUCGAUGCGGUGCCCUUGAGUGGCCUUUUUCUGUUGAUACCGUCUGCUUGUUGCUGCAAUUCUCUGCGUGUGGUUGCUGGCUUCAGAGGGUCUGCUCGGGCCCCCUGACGCCUUCACGUCGAUAUGCGACCCAUAUCGAUGUGGUGACGUCGGGGGCGCCUGGCUCGGAGAACCUCUGGAACGCACCAAACCCACGCGGCGAGAGAUGACACGACCUACACGAGCCGCUCAUCAUUUUUCCUGCCUAGUACUUAUCUUCCUGACUUAAUGAUUUGCCUUCAUUCAUUCUCCGCCUUUGACAGACACUGACACACAAACAAACGUUUGUUGCGUUGUGAUUUUUCCACCCCCAUAUGUAUGUGUGUUUGUGAACGAAUCGCCAAGAGGGGGCACUUUUUCUUGGAUGGACGGAUGGAUGCACUCUCUGUCUGGAGGGAAGCGCGGAUUCACUUGCGUCAUUUAUACUUGCAACACACCCACACCCUUCCACUCACUGUUCUCGCAACCAACCACACGUGUGGAUGGUUCUCUUUUUCGGCUGGGUGGCGUGGGACGGCGUCGCGGCUUGCCAGACAGACAUGCGCGGCUCGCCCGCCCCUCCGCCCCGAUCACACAAGCGACGGACGGACGAUGAGCGGCGAUCGAACAAACGAUACCGUUUUCUUCUUUUUCCUCCAUGAAUGUGCUCGUGCGUGUGUUGUGUUUUGUGCUGUGAGGGUGGUAAGACAGACAAGGCGGCGGUAGGUCUUUCGUCUUUGCAGUGAUGGAUAGAUUGAUCGAUGCGGUGGGGGGGUGGGUGGCUUAGCGAAGUUGCUGACGGGGGAAGAGAGUUUAUGAGUUGGUCGGGUGCAUGUGUGCUCACCUGUGUGUGUCUCUCCCCGGCUAUGUUGAUGCGCCGGUGAUGAUGUGUGAGCACCUGGCAGAAGAGCCCUCGCCCUCUUUCCGAGGUGUAUAGUCUCGGUUGUUUCUACGUCCAUGGCUGUCGACUCAACACUCGCACAUCCCACACGAUGCUGCGAGCGUUUCGUCACCAGCCUGCGGCAGAGAAACAGCCGAGACGUCCAACCAAAGGCAGGGAAGAGAGUGAGAUGGCCCCGACAGCGCAGUGCGGAACAUUCAGCUAGCUCGUCGCGGCUCAGUUGGUGUAGGUACGUUGCUCUUGGCACGUUUUUCCGCGAGAGCCGAAAAUUUAAGAGGGGAGAGCCGGUGGACGACGGAGGCACACUUGUAGACAAACGCGGUGGCACGAAAUGGACCGAGUGAAGUGACGUGAUGUGUGACAUGUUCGCGUGUGGAAGCUGGCUUGAACCACCAUCGCGAUCAACA